UGUCCUAACUAUCAAACGACCAAGAUCUUUUGAGACAAGGAGGGUGCCAGGAGGAUCUACCUGAGUUCACAGACUUUUUCGGGUACGUGUUUUACGCCCGCUCACAUGAGAGCGACGAUUCUGACUAAAUAAUAAUUUGCCGGGAAAUCAAUCAACCCGACCGUGACGAAUCUCGGAGUUUCGCUGCGUUCUUCCUCAACUAAAGCAAAUGAAACCGAUGAAGGGAGAUAUCGUCGUCAGUCACCUUCUAGGGUUUGCUAUUCUGAGCAUCUUAACGGCAAACGGGGCUCUAAGUAUUCGAUUGCCCGAUCGGAUCACUGAAGGCGUAAAAGACUCCUCCACUCAGCCUCUGAAAACCGCUGUUUUCGCUCUCGGAAGCUUUUGGAGAUCGGAAGCUGCCUUCGGAUGCUUGGAUGGCGUCAUACGAACAACUGUUGGUUACGCCGGAGGAACUAAAACUAAUCCGGAGUUCAGAAGCCUGGGCGAUCAUGCUGAAUCUGUUCAGAUUGAAUAUGAUCCCAAGAUUAUUAAUUUCAGGCAGCUUUUGGAGGUCUUUUGGUCUAGUCAUGAUUCUAGGCAAGUUUUUGGACAAGGUCCUGAUGUGGGUAACCAGUACAGGUCAAUAAUCUUCACCAAUGGUACUGAAGAGACUAGAAUAGCUUCUGCAAGCAAAGAAAGGGAGCAGACAAGAUCAAAGAGUAGUAUUGUGACUACACAAAUUCAACAACUGAGAAUGUUUUAUCCUGCAGAGCCUGAACAUCAGAAAUUUGAACUGAAGAGAAAUUAUUUUCUCCUUCAGCUUAUUGGUAACAUGCCCGAAGAGGAACUUGUAAGAUCAACUAUAGCAGCAAAACUAAAUGGCUAUGCAGCAGAGCUUUGCCCUCCAAGGACCCAAAGGCAAAUUGAUGCCAAGAUCAAUGACAUCCUUCGAAAAGGGUGGCCAAUAUUGAGAGACGUGUAGUUAAAGAUAGGUUUUGAGUCUUUAUGCUUAAGUUGGCAAGAUAGAAGUCUGUUUGUUUCCCAAGUUGCCCCCUUGAGCUUGUUUCCCAAGCUGUGUUUGUUUGUUUUUUUUUUUUUUUUGGGGGGGGGGGGGGACUGAUCUUCAAGUAAUUGUUGUAUGUCAUAUCUACUGUUGUACUAGUAAUGCUGGUCAAUGGGUGUCAGCAGCCAUGCCAUUGCAGUGAGUGCAUAAUUUUUUCUUGUGGUUUUGAAAUCCAGAAAGUUUCAACGUUCUCUGUAUUUGAGAGGUUGGAAUUGAAUGUCAAAAUGGUAAAUGUAGCUUUCUUAUCAGCUGUUCAAAGGAGCCUUGAGGAGUAAAUAGUUUUUCAGUUUCACCAA